UAGCUACGCUAUGUACACAGCUAAUGUUCAUUUGUCAUCUCCAAAAAAGGUCGGUUUAGACGGUGACCGGCAGUUUCAUUAGCAGUCAGGCGCUUGGUCAGGUUGCACGCGGAACACAAUCCAGUUUUGAGUUUACAAGAUGGCACCGAAGGUCCUGUACACAACUCGCAUUUCUCCGGCUGGCAGGGCCGUUGAAAUCACCGCCAAGAUUUUAGGCCUUGAGCUCGACAUCAAGUUCGUGGAUCUGGCCAAAAGGGAGCACCUAACGGAGGAGUUCUUGAAGAUGAACCCCCUUCAUACCAUUCCCGUUAUAAUCGACGAAGAUGUUCCACUAUACGACAGUCACGCCAUCAUCAUUUACCUGGUGUCGAAGUACGCCAAAGAUGACAAAUUAUACCCCAAAGACCUGGUGACUCAAGCCCGUAUCAACGCCAUGCUGCAUCUGGAAUCGGGAGUUCUGUUUUCACGAAUCCGUGGGCUGCUAUCGCCAGUCGUCUACUUGGGAUGUGCGGAGCUUCCUCAGGACAAGGUGGACGGUAUUUACGACGCGUACAAUCUAGUUGAGGGCUCCUUGCAGUCGGAUUUCCUAGUGGGAAACACCCUAACCCUGGCCGAUAUCAGCUGCUGUACGUCGUUGUGUUUACUGAACACUGUGUUCCCCGUGGAUGCCGGCAAGUGUCCUAAGCUGAUUGCGUAUCUCAAACGCCUGGAACAGGUCGUCCCCGAUUACCAUGAGUUCAACACGGUUCGUGCUGAAGAAGCAUACACAUUUUUCAAGCUGAAGCUUGAGGAAAAUAAGAAAAAGUCUGCGGCGUCACAAUAGCUGAGAACUGCAAAUUUUGGAUGUCUAAUUAAACCAAACUUGAGUCGAA